AUGGGUGUCACCUACGGAGUUGCCUAUCUGCAUGAUAAUGGUAUCGUGCACGGUGAUCUCAGGGCAGUACGUCGGAGUGUGAUUGUGUCCAUUCUUCUCUCAUGUUCACAACAGGACAACAUUCUUGUCGCCUGCGAUGGUCAACCCCAGCUGGCGAAUUUUGGCCUGUCUGUCGUUGUUGAUGAUGUUCUGCCUGAGCAAACUACCUCAACGAUGUUUGCGGGCUCUGUUCGAUGGAUGCCCCCGGAACGAAUUCAACCUUCCAAAUUUGGUUUGACCGAAGUUUCCUGUCGCACGUUCGCGAGCGAUAUCCAUUCCCUUGGCAUGACCCUCUGGGAGAUGUUUGCCUUGAGACUACCGUAUCACGACGAAGAGACUAACCUGAAUAUUCGAAGAGCCAUCAUUGCAGGGAAAAGGCCCUCUCAUCCGGGUAAACAGGCGGUUUCGAUUGGCUUAACUUCCGAGCUAUGGGCGUUCAUUCAGAAAUGUUGGGUCGAGGAACCAGAUCAACGACCCGUGCUCGUGGAGGAACUUAAUGAUGUGGACAACUGGCUGUCAAAUGCAAAAUAUGGGCUGGCGACGUCCAGCUUACAGGAGGCUUCUCUGAGCCCAUCAGAUCCUGAAGAGGCCGUAAGCGGUGCGCUAUGCAUGCUUUUUCAUUGGAGCUCUUGA